GGUAAUUUCUUAUUCUUUUUCCUUGAUUUCGCACAAAAAAGAUCGGAUUUUUUUUUUUUGGAUUUCUUCGCUUUAUUAUCACCAAGCAUUGAAUUCCCCAACUAAUGAAUGAAGACUCCGAUAGUCAGAAUCUUAAUUCGAACUAGCUACUAUACCAAGUUCAGCAUCCUGGUGUCUCAGUAUGAGUGUAGCUGCUUCUGAAAGAAUAUGCCUCUGCGGAUUAUUUCCAGUUCUUCUCUUUUGAUCGCUCCUGCAUAAGUGUGUGUCAAUACUUUCAGUCUCCUAUUUUCUGUUCUGCACGAAACAAAACAUGAGUGGCAUGGACCACUCUUUCUGUGGUAAUAAAACAAAGAAACAAGAAAACCUUAAAAAUAAGGAGGCCAUGCCGGGGAGUGAACUCUGGACUGAUGGACUAAUUUGUGCUUUUGAACAUGUUCGAAUGCAUAAGAAAUCUGUAAGGCCAAGAUCUUAUUCGAAGACCCAUUCUUCGGAUGGUGAGAACAUAAAGAAACAAGUGCCUACCGAUGUAGCAACUGAGGCUUCUUCUCCAAAAGCAAAUGAGAACAAUUUAAUGGAAUCCACAUCUCUUGUUGAGUUGGGGGAUGAUCACAUUGCUCCUUUCGAUGAUGAUACAGAUUGCCAGCCACCUCAAUCAGACCAUUUGCAUAGUGUGGACAGACUUUCAGGAAAUCAUUGGGUUCCAAUUGGGUGGGCUAGGAUUUCUGAACUAGUCCAAACAGUUGAUAUCGGCUGGGACUCACACCAGCUUGAUAUCAUGGUUGAUGAAGAUGACUUAACUGUUGCAGAUUUAGCAGCUCCUUACUGGGAGAGGCCAGGUGGGCCUAGAUGGUGGUGCCAUGUUGUCGCAGGUCACCCAUUUGUUGAUGUGUGGCUCAGAAAUGCUCAGUGGUUGCAUCCGGCCAUUAGUAUUGCUUUGAGAGAUGAAAGUCGACUGAUAAGUGAUCGGAUGAAACACCUCCUGUACGAGGUCCCAGUUAGGGUUGCUGGAGGGCUAUUGUUUGAACUAUUGGGUCAAUCAGUUGGUGAUCCGACUGUUAAUGAAGAUGACAUCCCCAUUGUGCUUCGUUCUUGGCAAGCACAAAACUUCCUAGUAACUGUUUUGCAUGUCAAAGGAGCUGCAUCAAGCAUUAAUGUGUUGGGUAUCACAGAAGUUCAGAGUUGGCAAGGCUUUUUCUGUCUUGUAUUUGGGAAAACCCAAGUUUGGUACCUUGCGAUCGUCAAAUAUCAUAGGAGAUUAUUCCGGAGGUCUAUAUUUGGGGUAGCUGAUGAAGUGGAGUUGAAGUUUAUGAACAGGAGGACCCAAGAAGAUAUGAAUCUUUUCACUAUAAUUCUGAACCAAGAAAUCAGAAGGUUAUCGAGAGAGGUCAUACGAGUGAAAUGGUCACUCCAUGCAAGAGAGGAGAUUGUUUUUGAGCUUCUCCAACACUUAAGGGGCAAUGCGACUAAAAGUUUGCUGGAGGUAAUACAAAAAAGUACAAGGGAAAUGAUUCAGGAGCAAGAAGCAGUUCGCGACCGCUUAUUUAACAUUCAAGAUGUCAUGCAAGGCACUGUGCGUGCUUGGUUACAGGAUAGAAGCCUUCGAGUGACCCAUAAUUUGGCCGUCUUUGGGGGAUGCGGCCUUGUUCUGUCCAUCUUCACCGGGCUAUUUGGAAUCAACGUUGAUGGGAUCCCUGGAUCCGGGAACACCCCAUACGCAUUUGGUCUUUUUACAGCCAUCUUGUUUCUCUUGGGAAUCGGGCUAAUUGCACUUGGAAUACUCUACCUUGGGUUAAAGCAACCCAUCACUGAUGAGCAGGUUGAAGUUAGGAAGUUAGAGCUGCAAGAGUUAGUCAAGAUGUUCCAACAUGAAGCGGAAACUCAUGCCCAAGUUCGCAAAAACUUUUCUCGGAACAACUUACCCCCGACUUCAGCUGGUAAGUUAUUGGAUGACGCGGAUUACAUUCUCAUCCACUGACAAUUUUGUGUAGUCAGCUAAGUGUGUUGAACCAUCCAAUACAAGUGUGAGGUGAGUAUGAUUAGCUUCUUACUUUUACUUUGUCUUUUGCCAAUACCUGCGACCGAUAGUUUUAUGUGUACAAAUGCUAACAUCAAUUUUGUUUUUGGAGGAUAAUUUUAAUCUCUUUAUGUACCCAAAUAGCCAAGAAAAUGCCUUAUUUUUACUAGUUUAGAGCA